ACUCUUGCCGUGACUGCGCUCGAUAUUGUUACAUAAAUUCGUACAAUGGCCUGACAGCGACUCGGAAAAUACUUAACUUAGGUUCAUCUGAGCUUGAGGACCAUUCCAGGCAUUAUAGAUGGGUACUACCAAAGCACUCUGGACCCGAGAGCAAGUCGCAGCUCAGAUUGUGGCUGGCAAAACGCUGGUCAUUUACAACAAGCUACUUCUCUCUAUCCCCCAAGCAUGGCUCGACGCUCAUCCCGGUGGUUCUCUCGCCAUUCUUCACUUUAUGCGUAUCACUCGGACGUCGCGUUAUGUAGUGGGAACGGUGGAGACAACAGAGCACGGCUGGGAACCGUUCGUUCCACCCACGAUGGUAGGUUGGACCAGGAAAGUUGGUGGUGAUGGUCAACUAGAAUGGUUUCGCGAAGCAAACGUCGCGCAUAACACCGUUCCUUCUGAAGUUCUCCUCAUUGAAACAGAAACAGGUCACAACGCACUGGCGCAGACUCGUGGGCCCACUAUGUCUGAUCUAAUCCUCGCCCCCACCGAGUUAUCUCUCCAAGUACAAUCGCAGCACUCUGCAGCUUAUAAACGCCUUCACAAACGUAUCAUCGAUGCUGGCCUAUAUCAAACUUGCUAUGUUACGGGCUAUGGCCCCGAAGUUGCUCGUUAUGCCCUCUUGGCCGUUAUAUCAGCGAUCGCUUAUACCCAUAACUGGCUUAUAACAAGCGCUAUCUGCCUUGGUUUACUAUGGCAACAGCUUGUCUUUACUGUACACGACUUGGGACACAUGGGCGUCACACAUAACUGGACGGUAGAUCGCCUUAUCGCCAUCGUACUUGCAGAUUUUAUUGGCGGCUUGAGUGUCGGUUGGUGGGUCGAUAAUCACAAUGUACACCACUUGGUAACGAACCAUCCUUCACACGAUCCUGAUAUCGAACAUUUACCCUUCCUGGCUAUAUCCACUGCGUUUUUCAAUUCGUUAUGGUCAUCUUACUACAAACGUAUUAUGACUUUCAAUCGCUUCACUGCCUUCGUCGUUUCUCUUCAACACAAACUUUUCUACGUCAUUCUAGGAUUCGGUCGGUUUAACUUAUAUGUGUUAGCCUACGGAUUUCUAUUUCGGAGAGCUUUCGGUCACAAGAGGGCCAAGGGCGGACGUUGGUCAUGGUGGCUUGAAAUUAUAGGCUGUGGAAGCUGGUCUAAAGCGUUGAUUUAUUUACUAGUCAGCCACUUCGUGACGGCUCCUUUGCAUGUCCAGUUCGUCCUUUCCCACUUUUCGAUGUCAACCGAGGACCUCGGGCCUAUGGAGUCGUUCCCACACCGUCAGCUGAGGACGACUACGGACGUCAUCUGCCCUCCAGCGCUCUCCUUCCUUCAUGGUGGUUUACAUCUUCAAGUUACCCACCAUCUCUUUCCGCGUCUACCACGGCACAAUCUUCUGCAAGCUAGCGGCUUUGUGAAAGAAUUUGCCAAGGAGCAAGGGCUUACUUAUGCUGAGUUUGGGUUUGUGAGUGGAAAUAAACAGGUACUUGAUGUACUCAAGGGUGUCGCGGAUCAGGCCCAGAUCAUGAGUAUGGUAGCAGAGAGCGAGAUUAGAGGUGCUAUGGAGAAGAAAGAACAGUAGAUAUUAUAUGAGCGGACAUCGUUUAAUUAAUUGAGCAUUGUCUGGUGUCUGCUUGUCUGUAUCAUUGUCAACUUGAAUAAAGCUUGGCUUGCAGUUC